AUGAGGGGUCAGAACAUUGGCCAUGGUGAAAAACCCAACCAAACUGAAGAUCUGGGAGGUCAAGGCUCACUAGCACCACCAGCAGCAGUGAGUCCUGAAACAAGACUGCUGUCUGCCUUCAAGAAAGACACAGAAGACAGGAAAGUUGACUUAGCCAGAACAGAAUAUUUUAGCGAGGAAGGAAAAACCUUUGAAUUCCGUAUUGUUGAAAAAAUAAAGAAGCAACUGAGUAUGCAUCCCACUUAUGGUCCAGAAUGUUCAUCAGAUCUUGGCCUGACAGAAUUUACCAGACGGGUCACCGAGGUCACUUUGGGAAAGAGCGCUCGGGCUUUAAUGGAGAGCAAGGUAUUAGGAGUCCUAACUACGGGUUUUACAGCAGCAGUGCAUCUUGGGGCUUCACUCCUAGAGCACUGGAGCAUCUAUGUUUCUUGGAAUUCUAUAUACUGUACAUGUUGCCCUGGUCCUUCCGUAGACUCUGUGGCUAGAAUCUUCCAGUCAGCAGGAGUCCCAGAUAUCCGUUACUAUCAUUACUGGGACAACAAGAGAUGCUGCAUUUGUUUGGAAAACCUUUUGGCAGAUCUGGAGAAGGCUCCUGAGAACAGUGUGGUGGUACUGUCAGCCUCUGCUCACUACCCGACAGGAGCUGAUCUGUCUCAGGAUCACUGGUAUCUGAUUGCAAAUCUAAUCAUGAGGCGCAAACUAUUUUCUUUUUUUUUGCUGCCUUUCCAUGGCCUGUGUUAUGGAGAUUUACAGAGGGAUGCUUGGCCUGUGCAGCAUUUUGAAUCAAAAGGAAUGGAGUUUUUUUGUGCUCAGUCACUCUCACACAGCUUUGGCCUCAGUGGUGACCCACUUGGACACCUUCUUUGUGUGUCAAAGAGGAAGUCCCGCCUGUCUUCCCUAAAGUUGGAAGCGGCAGAUUUAGUCACAUCGUUGUGUGAAGCACCAUCUGCUGGAGGAGUAUAUGUGGUUACAGCGGUGCUCAGUAAUCCAGCUCAUUGUGCUGGAUGGCAGACUGAGGUGAAGAACGUUGUCAGUCGAUGUAUGUUAAUCAGAUACAUGUUGAGAGAGAAGCUGAGGCUUCUGGGAAAUCCAAGCUGCUGGAACCACCUUACUCAACAACGAGGUCUCUUCUGCUACAUCGGAUUAAACGCUCACCAGGUGGAAUUUCUGUCUGCGGUCAGACACGUGUACCUCCUCCCUGACGGCUGUCUGAAUGUGAGUGCCAUCAAUGGUAAUAACCUGGACUACAUAUCUGAGUCCAUUCAUCUGGCUCUAACAGUUUCUCCGUGACACCACCAAUGACCCCCUUUGUUUAACAAUGGAAAU